UCCGCUGUGUGCUAGUGAGCGCAGGUCGCGCUGCCGCUCCCGAUCCCGGAGCGAUGGGCAGACUGCAGGAGUUCAGCAUCGCCUUCACCAACAGCAAAGUGGUGUACAGCCCCGGAGAGUCCAUCUCAGGAAGCGUGAGAGUGAUCACCGCGAGCGCGCUGCAGUUCAAGGCCAUCAGGGUAAACUGUGUGGGAUCAUGUGGUGUCUCCAGCAAGAUGAACGACGCGUCGUGGAUGGUGGAGGAGCAGUACGUCAGCAGCAUGCUCUCCGUGGCAGACAAAGGUACUCUGCCACCCGGAGAGCAUACCUUCUCUUUUCAGUUUCUCAUUCCAGCACAUGCUCCCACUUCCUUUGAGGGCCCUUUUGGGAAGGUCAUAUAUAGAGUCAGAGCUGUAAUAGACACGCCACGCUUCUCUAAGGACUACAAGACCCAGAGACCCUUCUACCUACUCAACAUGCUGAACCUCAAUGAGGUGCCUGAUAUACAGCAACCCAGCUUUGCUGUGACAACUAAGAAGUUCACCUACCUCCUAGUGAAGACAGGCACACUCAUGCUGAAGGCUCGCAGCGACCUGAGAGGAUACACCUCAGGACAAAUCAUCAAACUCUCCACUGAAAUCCACAACAAAUCUGGAAAAGACACUGGAUGUGUGAUAGCCAGCCUCAUACAGAAAGUGACCUAUAAAACCAAGCGGCCGAUGUUUGACUUGCGUACCAUAGCAGAGGUGGAAGGUGCGGGCGUGAAGGCGGGCAAACAUGCAGAAUGGAGAGAGCAGAUCAUCGUUCCUCCACUCCCUCAGUCUGGCCUUGCUGGCUGCAGCCUCAUAGACAUCGACUACUUCAUCCAGGUUUCACUAAAGUCUCCUGAGACGGUGGUCACUCUGCCCAUUUACAUUGGAAACGUUGCUGUCAACAUGACUCCCUCAAGGCCACCUCCACCAAACCCUCUUCAGCACACUCCUUUGCCGGCCAUGCAGAGUCUCAGCCCUGGACCGGUAGUCCCGAGUGCUCCCCCUGCUGAAGAUGAGCUGGAGGGAGAGCAGGGUGCAGGAGGACUGGCCAGUGAGGAAAUUCCUACCAAGAGCCACUCCCAGCAGGACCCAUCAGGCCAGGCUCCCACCAUGUCCCCAAGCGCAUUCAGUCAUGCUCCCAGCCAAGCACUUCCUCAGACUCAGCACGCUCAGUCAGCAGAGAGCUCUGCACCGCUGUUCUGUGUCUCCACAGGGGCCACCAUCCCCUUUUUCACUGACGGUAAUGCCACCCCUGUGCCCACCACCUGCCCUCUCAUUCUGCCUCCUGAGUACAGCACCUGGGAAUACCCACAUGAACCACCUCCUACUUAUGAGGAAAGCUGCAGCAGCAACAACUCCAGCUUCAACACCAGCAUGACGUAGAUGAGCCCAGAUGUUGGAAAAUGCAAGUCCCUCCCCCUGCUGGACACUCUAGGCAUUGCUACCCCACAUUUUACCAAAUCUAAACAUUUAAAAGGGAUCUGUUUGUGUUCAUUUGAUUUAUAUCACCAGUAUUCCUUGCUCCUCAGUAUGGAGAAAAGGACCCUGGACCUAAACAGGGAAUGAGUUUAUCAGUGCCUGAUUAUGGUAGCACUCCUGAACAAUGAAAUCUUCUGCAUUUAUAUGAAAGGAAAUACCAGCAUCUGUGAUGCCUUGAUAUGAAAGUUAUACACAGAAUCUGUCUUUCACAUAGCCAAGGCUGGCCUUCUGUGAAGCUUGCUUCUAAACACAGGCUUAGUAAAAUCUACAUGACAGCUUCUGUUGGACUGACACAGCUUUAAAACAGAACCGUGGUCUCUCUGAGAUGUUGAUCUGAACUCUUAGAGGAACAUUCGCUCAGGCCAUCGUAGCGUCAGUCUGCAGACGGUAUGUUCUGGAAGGACUGAUUAUUGAUAGGUUACCAUCAUCACUGUUACAGGAAGUCAUGGUACAUGUCCUCCUUCUCAUCACUGAGCUGGUAUGCGAUCUGUUCUGUAACAGUAUAGUCGGUCAUUCUGAGCUUGUUUACACCUCGUAUUAACAUGUGUUUCAUGUCCAGGUUGUAUCUGAAUAUACUAAAUUUCAUUUAUUAAUUGACCACCUCCAAAAGUGGCGUGAGUGAUCCAAGUGACACCUGGCUUUGAUGCGAUCCUGUUAAAUCUGAAAACGCCUGUUGAUGCAAGGUGUAAACAGCCUCUCUGGGUACUGAAGGCACGUUAAGGUGUAGAAAAGGUUGGUUAGACAGGUAGAUGGAGGGGGAGCAGCUCUUGCUACAUUUCUACAUUUCUACCUUGGACAUUGACCAAUUGCGAGAUUUUAGGAAUAUGUUGCUUAUCCCACAGUUAUUAUUACAUUCAGUAGAUUUAAUUAAUUCCUUCAAAAAAAUGGUCUGUUAUGUAACACUUUAAUUUGCUACAUAAAGUUGACAUAACCAUGCCAUAAACAUGUCGUGGCAGAUGACAUGUCAUAUGCUGUUUUGGGUUUUUCUAACAGAUAAUGCCCCGUGUUAUACAACAGUCAUACAACAAGCACAAUCUGAUUGGUUGAGAAGCAUUUUCACAAGAACCGUAUUAUUCCACUGAACAGCAGUCGUUAAGUAACGAAUGCUUUGCAGCCAUUGCACAUUUCUACAUUGUAUAUGCAACUUUCUCUCCUCGAAUUGUCAAGAAAUAGACAUUUAACAAUGAUUAAACCUACAUUUUCUCACUCCAGAGAAGACGGAAAACAAACUGCAACCAACUAUAUUUCAAAAAUGUGUAGUUUUGCUGAACAUAAUGGUUUGAAAACACACAUCACUGGCACUUUAUUCACUUAGUCAAAGCUUUAUUUCAUGUAUUUAGCUUAUUUAAUGAGAAAUCAAGGAGAAAAAAUCAAAUAUCCAAUGAAUUAUGUAACAUAAACCCAAUUUUACCGCACUGUCUGUAAUGCAAAAGGAUGCUACUUUUUUAAUGGAAGGAAUUGCCCAUUUUAAAGCACAUUUAAUAUAACAUUCAGGGCUUCUUUGCCUUACUUUUUUGGUUUAUUUCGCAGGACUGUUCAAUAUCAGCAUUACAACACCGGAGGUUGUGUGUUAUCAUGAAUAACAUCACAGGCCGUGAUAAUGUCUGACUGAAGGUACUAAUGUUGUUUAGUUGUAGGUCAUCACAGCUGUGAUAUUAUUCAUGAUAACACGCCCUCUCGUAUUCUGGUGUUUAAAUCUAACAGUGUGACCUUUACUGUUAAUUGUUAUUACAGGUGUUAGAAUGUGUAUCGUCAUAACAACCAGGUAAUAUUAACAUGACCUGUUGUAUUAUUGAACAAACUCAGAAUGGCAUCUGUAUGACAUGAUUGUGGCAUGACUAUGACUGUGUGUUCCAGUAAAGUGUUACCUGAUUCUGUUCAGCGUUCAGGGUUCGGCUGUGUCACAACCCUCUGCAUGUGUUCUAAACUCUUGAAGCACCCAAACAGUGAGUGAAUGUGUGGGGUUAAGUUGUGAUUAGUGUCCUACUGACUGACUGUGCUGAUGUCCAUUAUCUUUUCAAGAAAUGUUUCCGUAGCUGGAAUGUAAUGCAUGGAAAUCCACUGAAAUUCGAUGCAAGUCCCAAAUGUAUGUAUAUUAUUAUGAUUUAUUUUUUAUUUUUUUGGAUCGAACCACAAUUAAUGGAGGUAUAAAAGGAAUUCCCCAGUUGAGGCCUUAUGCUAUGAUUGCUGUGUACAACGUUGAUGGUGUUCCUCCUGUAUCUUAAGUAUCAUUAAUUCAGACCCUUGAACUGUUCUUUUAUUAACUACUAGAAUAAUUGAAGCACAAAACGGCACUUUUUAACAGAAUUUUUUUGUCAGUGUGUGUAGAUUUGACUAUGUAGGUGUGAGUCAGAGAGACCCCCCCCCCCACCUUCUUCCAAAACUCCACUGAAUGUACUAUUAGCUGUAGAUUCACUUUAGCCUUUACUGUGAUUUUCUCUAUAGUAGCAGCCCUUCUGAUUCACAUUCAAUAGAGACAUUUUUAUUCUCAUGCAAACUCAUAUAUAAAUGUGUAUAUGUCAUGUUUCAAUCUGUUCUGAAUAUUGAGUGAGGAAUGUUACUCAUCACUAUCCUGGUAUAUCCGUGCGCCUCAUUUUGGAUCACCGUGUGCAGGGUUUUUACUCUACAGUGUUCAGUACUGUGAGGGAACAGUACUGUCUCAUUCAGAAAUAAAGCAUAUUUCAUGGCAUAGAGGCAGAACUCCUUUAAUGGUGCAGACAAACUUCUCACUGUUCUCUGAUCAUGUUCCCGAGAGAAUCACUGUGUUGAUGAAGCAUUUGCUCAAAAAUGUGACAAAAUACAGAAUUUUAAUAAGUUAGCAAAUAUAGAGGGUGGACAACAACAUGAAAAAGAGCAGUGACUAAAGGCGUUCUCUGAGUGUCUCAUCGACACUUCAAGCUGUAAAACAUCCGCAAAUUCUUACAAAUUCUAAAUAGUGCCGUGUACAAACAGCAGUGCUGCCAACCAAGAAUUUAAAGGGACAUUUAAUAUGUUUAAUGUCUCCCUUAAACUCGUUGAUUUGACAGAAUUGUGUAUUCUCUUUGUGUUUUCAUCCAUCAGUGUUCUCUCGCUACAAUACCCAGCAUGCAUUGCAUACAGAUAUGUCAUACAGAUGUUGGUGAUCAGGGGCCGGAUACACAAAAGUGUCUCAAGAAGGUGAAUCUGCUUAAAUAUGUGUUUUUUCUUAAAUUCAUUCUUAAGAAAAAAGUUAGGAAAAGUGCUAUUCGUCAUAUAACUUCUUAAGAAUUCUCUUAUUUUCUUUUCUGAACUGUUUUCUUAAAAAUACUUCUAAGAACAAGCGGUAUUCUUGACCACAUAAUGUUCUUAAAUGUGUUCCUCAGACUUGUCUUAGGCUGUAAGUGUACAUCUAAAUUUAUCACUGACGCUGCCUCUGCUGCUCCUGCCUAUCUUCAUCCAUCACUCCACAAUUAUCAUAUUUUCCAAGGAGGAUUUUUUUUUGUUGGCUGUUUUUUUCCACCAUCACCUCUAGUUGUUUGUUAAAUGUUUUAAACACUUGGUUUGAUGUUUUUCCUCCGUUUUGCUCCUCUGAGUGGAUAAAACUAAAUAACAGAAAUUACAAUACAGAUUCAAAAUCUAUCUCAUUUGAUGGUACAUGAUCAAACGCACCAUAGCUGACGUGAGAAAGCAGUGAUGAUUUUCUUAAGAAAAUCGAAAGAUGAUCUUAAGAGAAUAUCUGAGAACCUGUUGUUUUUUCAAGAACAAUGCCUAUGAACUUCUUAGUGUUUGUCUUUAGAACCUUUGCAAGUUUUUCCUUAAGAAAGCUUUCGUGAAUCCAGCCCCUGGCCUGUGCAUAGACAUUUUGGAGGGUAGCCUGAAUGUACAUAACCCUUAAUAACUUAAAUUGCAGUACAUGGCAGGUAUGUACGCCCCUGACUGUCUAACUCCUAGAGGGGGCACCAGAGAGCGAUGGAACUCAAGGGAUCCAAGCUCUAUCCCCAGAAUGAGGCCAUGAAUGAUGGCGGUGACUGUGUACUAUGCACUAUGACCAGGAUGGGUGCAAUCUGAGGGCAAAAGGGUAGGGGCACCGGUGUCUGCUGAUGUUUAUUUUUUUUGUGUGUUGUGCAGUUAUGUAAGAUCCUUCAGUAUUGGCCAGCUAGCAGGGGAACAAACAAAACAACUUGCCCUUUUAUUAUCCACCCCAAAGCACUUGCAGUUUUUCAAAAGUUCCUCCCACCUUCAUGAAACAACAUCAGAAGGGGGUUGUCCUAAUCUUUGAACUGGAACGUCUCGCUCUGCUACUACUGUGGCAGUGAUGUGAAUAGGCAUGUUUACAGCAGAUGUAGUGAUGUUUAAAGUUUUCAUUUUGCCCAUAGUGCCCUUUUAAUGUGUAGCAACACAGUAUUCACACACAUCAGCACAUUCAGUGUAAACCUUUCAGAGUCAGUCUAGUGUGCUUAUGGCCGGAAUGUAUGACAGGUCUUCCAUUUCCACAGUCAAUAUACUAGUGUAUCAAGCACAAACUAGACCUUGGAACACUAAGACAAAGUAAUAUGGUGAGACAUUUACAUCUGCAUAGUUCUUGGUGUUUUCAUUAUUUUGUCCACCCUCUCUAUCAGCAUGGUUGGGAACAUGCAUCAAUACCACUCAAUACACAACAACAUGCCUUAAAUAUGAAUACAAUACUUAAUCUAGUCCUAGCAAGGAUGGAUGCUAUUCAUUUUAUCUCAGUAAAGACUUCACACUUGUUACUCUGAAAGAAAGAAUUACUCAAAAGUGGAAUCUGCAGUAAAGUUGUUUCAUCUUGGGUUCAAACUGACACACUCGAUGAUUUGGCUGUCAUGCUUUACUUUUGACCACCAAAGGUUCUACAGCUUUAUGACUUUCCUCGUUUGUCAUCGUGUUUUACUCUUCGUUGAUUAUGGGUGGCCUGUGGUUUUGUAUUUUUCUAUUGGAAGCAGUGAUUAUGUGUAUAUGGUCUUAUCUUUUGAGAAAUGCCUGAUGCUUGUUAGCAGGAUUUUGGAAUACAGUAGCACCACUGUGGUUCAGUGUCAUAAAAAAAAAAGAAUUCAAAUUGUACAGUGUACUAAUAAAAUCUCAUCAGCCUCUAUCACUUUA